UACACCAGGGGAAGAAAAGAAGAAAGUCUCUUCCCGUAGUUUUUGCUAUUCGAGAGGCAAGAGACGUGGCUUUGACUUAAUUAAGAGAUUGUCAGGGAAAUUUUUCAAGUAAAGAGACAUUCCGACACAUUGUGUACCUUCUCCGGAAUCAAAUGGAAGGUCCCCUGCCUUUGCCGUUGCUAAGGCUCCUGGCCCCACCUCUGCGUGUAAUGUCAGCCAUCAUGUGGAAGGUGGUUCACUUGCGAAGCACAGAGCAUUAUGAGAAAGUGGUGGAGUUCAUCACCAUGGUGAAUGAAGCCAUUCCUGAUAUCUUGACUCACAGACAGAGGAUGCUGAUUAUGCUGGGAUUGAAACUAAAGAUGUUAAGUUGUGAGCAAGACGUCACUUGUGUCAAAAGUGUCUUGGAGAGCAUUCUGCCAGGCAGUCCAGAGGAGGUUCAUCCACCAAAUGAUGGUUUUGAGACCAACUUAGCCACACUUGUUGUAAGACUCGUGGAUGACCAUGAAUGGAGAGAACACUUUCUCAAGAAUGAGUUCCCAGUGAAUUACGGGCCAGAGUUUGACAUAGCACUGGAAACGUUGGUGUCCGACUUCUUCAACAGAUUGGAUGGGCUUCUGCUUGUUCCGGAUUUUAAACAGAUCUCAACGUGGAUCGGUGAUGACGCAUCAGCCCUGCUGGAAGCAUACCAGCGGUACGCUUGUGAAGCUGAAGACUUCACAACACUACUCAGAAACAUAAUCCAAAAAGGAAAACUAACCAAGGUGAACACCAAUGAAACAGACACGUCUACCUCAGAACAGCAGCUCAUCUCGUCACUAACGCUGCCCAUCUCGGUGAAGGAGACAAACUCAGCCUGUGAAACUUUGAAUGAUGAUGCUCAGGAGGUUUUUCCACAGAGUAGCACCGAUGUUGAGGAAAUUACUUGGACAUAUGUAGUCCAACAGGAACCUGAGAUCUGCUCUCAGGAAGAAACGGUUGUAAUUCUAAACAAUAGCAAGGAAGAAGAAAUCACAGUUGAGCUUGUUUUGGAUGACCAACAUUUAUCCACCGCAUCAGUUCCUUCCACAUCUACUCCCCAACCUGCAAUGUCUAGCUCCACAGUUGGCCCUCAACGGCAAAGAGUUGCACAUAAAUGCCCUCACUGUAACAAGUGCUACAUUUAUCGCUACGAACUCCUGGAACAUCAGAGGAUCCACACUGGAGAGUUGCCUUACAAGUGUACUCAAUGUGGAAAGGCCUUUAGGAGAAGCUCAGAUCUGUCUUGUCACAGGCGCUCACGCUGCGCAAAAGCUGCCUAUAUUUGCCUCAAAUGUGGUAACAGCUUUCAGUCAGUACAGGAAAAGUUUAAGCACAAGUGUGUUCACAAUCCACCACGGUUUGACUGUUCUCACUGUGGGAAAAGCUUCAAGAAGACGUGCCAGUUGGACAAACAUGAGAUGAUUCACACCGGCAAACGGAUCUUCACGUGCAAGCAGUGUGGAGAGAAGUUUUCUAGUAUGAGUGAGCUGAAAUUCCACCAGAAGAUUCAUCCUGCGGGGCUCUCCAAUCAGUGCACCUUUUGCGGCAAAAUGCUUCCUUCUGCUGCAUCUUUGGCAGCUCACGAAGCACGCCACGAUCCCCAAAAAAUACACGUUUGUCCAUUUUGCGCCAAAUCCUUCAGGAACAAACAUGAACUGACCCGUCACAAGCGCGUGCACACCGGCGAGAGGCCGUACCAAUGCCCGUACUGCGAGAAACGUUUCUACAUGUCUGCAAACCUUACUGUACACAUACGCACCCAUACCGGAGAGAAACCGUACCUGUGCCCUGAGUGCGGCAAAGCUUUCGUGUCAGCCGGCGAGCUGCAGAUACACAGACGCAUCCACACUGGGGAAAGGCCCUACAAAUGCAACGUGUGCGAUAAAGGAUUUACCAUGGCGGCCAAACUUACAUGUCAUAUGCGCAUUCACACUGGCGAGCGGCCUUACGUCUGCACGGAAUGUGGAAAAGGCUUUUCAAGCGGUGGCCAGUUGAAAAUUCAUACAAUGAGCCACACGGGAGUCCGACCCUACACUUGUAGCUUGUGUCCUAAAACCUACAAGGUUCUCAAUCACCUGAAGAGGCAUUUGAGAUCUCACGGGAUCCAACCACCGUCUCUUUGAUCCUACCCAUGCGUCUAUUUUUUGUGCUGCUGUCCCUGUAAGACUCACAAAUGUAAUGGAGUCGAUCUCAGUUGACUUUGGGCGAGGUACAGGUACUGUCAUGCCAAUUUGUAUUUGUUUUGCCUGUUGUCAUGGAGCUCGACCUUUUCUAUUGUUAAAGAUUUGUCACAGACCGUCGUGAGACAGGUUAGUUUUACCCUUGACAAAUCUGAUUUUAUCUAUUGUAAUACAGUUGUCGAACCUGAA